GACUAUAGUUAUUACAAAAGUUUUGUUUCUAAUUUAUCACUAUUAAUAAUUCUCUUGAUUUUGACACCUAAAAAGCUGAAAUUAAUAUUUUUAGUAAUAUAACUUGCAAUAAAAUUUUAUAGGAAGAAAAUUUGUAACUCUGAUAGGCAACACAUAUCAAUGGAGAUAUAUACCUUUGACAAAAGUCUUCAAGAAAGGCUAGUUGAAUUAACAGAAAUAUUAUCUAGCAGAGGUGAAAUUGUACCUGCAUCACAAAUUCAGACAGAAUGGUCUUAUCAUAUAGAACUUGUACUAGAACCUGGUGGUUGGCAAGCAUUAUGGAGAAUACCACGUUUAGUGUGCGAAGAUUUUCAUAUUCAUUAUCCUACUAUUGUGGUAGUAGAAGUUGAGCAAGUUGAUUUCUGUGAUCUAUCUGCAUUGGUGAAAAUAACUGCUGUUCAAGAUGAAAUUCAAUUACCCGAAAAAUACGAUGUAUCACUUAUUGAUCUUUAUCCAACUUAUAAUCAGGAAAACAAUGUUUUGGAUAUAGUGGGUACUGCGUCCUGCCUCGAUCAGCUGAGAUUUUUUUAUAAAUAUUUAUGGAUGCCAUGGGACGUAGAUGACGACGAUAAUGUCGAUUGGGUGUCUGUACAUUUGGAAACAAGAAUUAGAUUGUUCUUCGACAUGAAAAGGCUUGUUGUUAGUAAAGAAAUUAGCGAUAUCAUUAGAGGUUUAGUAAGGGAAGGAAAGGAGAUCGAAGAGAAGAUAUCAAGAUUAGAGGAUACUAUUUCCGAGGGAGAAGAAUCAGAGAAUGAUAUAGUGGAUGGGGGAACAGCAUGUCAGUUGAUGAAACUUCAUUUUCGUUUGCAACAAAUUAAAAGGGAGAUGGAAGUUCUUGAAAACCCAGCUAUGAGAGAAAUUUUUCUGAAUCAGACCUCAUCUUUGGAUGAUGAAAUAGAGAAAAGUAAAAGUACAGAAAUGAGCAAGGAAGGCUAUUUUGUGUGGCUCGGUGGAACUCUUGAGGAAAUGAAGGCAAAAAUAAACAAAGUUCAAGCUUCUUUACCCCCAGAAUUAUUUUUUAAAAUAUCUGGAUCUUUGAUAGAGACUCUACGCACGUGUGACGCAGGAGAUAUCGUUAUAGUUGGAAAAGGAACUCAUCGAAUAAAAGGAGCUGAUAGAUUGGAAGAUGGAGGUACCAUUAGAGGAAUCGAUAGCUUAGAACAUACCAUUCUUAAUAUGAAAGACACAGAAACUGCACCAUCGUUGCUUGAUUUCUCUGGCAGUGAAGUUUUACUAGAAAAUAUUACUGUAGAUGUGGGUGAUCUUAGAGCAGCUGUAAUAGUGAGAGUUGGAACCACAAAAAUAGUUAAUUGUAAAAUAUGUGCCUUAAAUCGGAGUAUGGUGAAAUUAGGAGUUGUAGUUUUACCAGAUGCAAAAUUAAUAAUAGAAAACACACUCUUUGACAGUCUUGGGACAGGUUUAGUUAUCUAUAGUAACGGAGAAGUGUUUAUGAAUAAUUGCAACUUUACAAAUUGCGCAGAGGGUAUACAAAUUCAUGACAAUGCAAAAUUAACAGCAAAAAAUUGUUCUCUCACACAUUUUAAGGAAUACGCUAUUCGAUUAGAAACGCAAAAAUAUUUAAACGAUACAAAACGUAAAUGUGGUAGCCUUGAAUUAUUAGAAAAGGUACCUGACAUUUCUCUAUAUGGUUGUAAGUCUGAGGGUAACGGCAAAGGAGAUGUUAUAUUGAAGCGGACCACAUCAUUUAUUUUAAGAAAACAAGAUGAGUCUAUGGAGACUUAGAGUAAUCUUUUUUAUUAUAACUGAAUUUUCUAUUUUUGUUAUAAAAGUGCAUGUAAUUUUUGAAUGUUUGAGAAAUAUAAUUGUACACAUUUUUAUGUGAA